AUGCCACCAUCCGGCCUGGCAUGGGAGCAGGAGGAGCUGGAGAGGCUGCGUCAGGACCGCAAGCAGCACAUGGACGAACUGCAGGAGGCCCUUGAUGCUGCCAGGAAGGUGGCGAGUGAGUCGCGAAUGGAGCGCAUGCGAGCGGAGGCAGAGGCGCAGUUCACCAAGCAGCAGGCAGAGGCACUCGAGAAGACACUGGAAGAGGAGCGCAAGGUGAAAGAUGCAGCAGUGGCACGCAGCAGUGAGUUCGCAGCGUCGGUGACGGCGCACCAGAGGCAGCUGCGGGAUGCUGAGAGGCUGCUCGCUGCCGCUGAGGAAAAGGCUACCCGUGCAACUAUUGAGGCAUCAGUGUUGGAGCAAGAGAAGGCCCUCCUGGCAGCAGCAGAGGAGCGGGCGACAGCGGAGGCGGGGAGUGCGCUGGAGAGCUGUUCCGUCUUUCUUAUACGCAUUUCUGUGCCCUUUUCUCCACAGGCAUCGGUGUUGGAGCGAGAGAAGGCUCUGCUUGCGGCAGCAGAGGAGCGGGCGACAGCGGAGGCGGGGAGUGCGCUGGAGAGGAUGCAUCGCGUGCAGGCGGCUCACGACUCACUGGAGAGCACCCAGGCUGCCCGCGAGGCCACGUGGGCCGCUGAGAGGAAGCGGCUUGAAGACUCCAUUGAUCGCAUGCAGGUGGGCAUUAACUGGGUCGACUUGCGCGAGUGGGCGGAGGCCAGUCGGGCCCUGGAAGCAGAGUGGGACCACUCGCGACACCUGGUGGAGGCCAGGGACAGGGCAGCAGCAGAUGCAGAGGCAAAACUGAGUGCCGCUUGGAAGGAUCGCGAGUGGGCGGAAGCUAGUAGGGCUCUGGAAGCCGAGAGGGACCAUUCUCGCCAUUUGGUCGAAGCUAUGGACAAGGCAGCAGCAGAUGCAGAGGCAAAGCUGAGUGCAGCUUGGAAGGACGUGGAGCAGCUCAAGCAGCAGCUCAGUGCUGCUGUCACCAAGGCCAAGACUGCUGAGGCGCGGUGUGAGGAGCUGCAGGCAGGUGUGAAGCGGUUGGAAGCGGUUGCGGCGGCUGCUGUUGCUGGUGGUGCGGGCGGGGGUGUGGGAGGGAGGAGCUUGAGAUCGGCUUCGGUGAGGGAUGCGGCGGCGGCUGCUGCUAGUGCUGCUGCCGGCGGUGGUGGUGCUGGUGCUGGGGCAGCUGGGGAGGCUGGGGCAGCUGGUGGUGCUGGUGCUGGUGCUGCUGGUACUGCUGGUGGUGGUGGGAAGGAGGGCGAGGGCAUGGAGGAGGAGGACGUGGAAGAGCGGUUGCACAAGGCAGAGGAGGAGGUGCAGCGGCUCAAGGAGGAGCUGGAGGCGUCCCAGGGGUACCUGGCUCAGGUGGGUGUCUUGGGGGACUCGCAUCGCAUUUGGGGUUCGUUUGAGACAUCUCAAAGGCUGCACAAGGCAGAGGAGGAGGUGCAGCGGCUCAAGGAGGAGCUGGAGGCGUCCCAGGGGUACCUGGCUCAGGUGGGUGUCUUGGGGGACUCGCAUCGCAUUUGGGGUUCGUUUGAGACAUCUCAAAGGCUGCACAAGGCAGAGGAGGAGGUGCAGCGGCUCAAGGAGGAGCUGGAGGCGUCCCAGGGGUACCUGGCUCAGUACAAGGCAAUUGGAAAGGCUAACGAGGAAGCACUAGAGCGUAUGAUGCAGCAGCACAGCGCGUUCAAGGAGGAGGCUGAGAAGGAGCGAGCAGCAGCAGCAGCAGCAGCGGAGGAGCUGAGGGGGCGGGUGAAAGAGGCAGAGAAGCGGGCUGCAGAUGCUGCGGCGGCGGCAACAGGGCUCACGGAGGAGCAUGAGAGGGCGUUUGCUGAUGUCAGCAAGAAGCUGGAGGCGGCUGCUGUGGAGAGAGACGCUUUCAGGGCGAGGGUGGAGGAGAUAGAGUGGCGGGUGGAGUCAGAGGCAAAGGAGGCAUCGGAGAUGCGCCAGAAGUGGAGGGAGGCUCAGACCAACUAUGAGCGACAGGUGGUGCUGCAAGCAGACACCAUUCGCCAGCUGGACGGCGUGAGUCAGACACUCAACGCCGCCCAGGCGGGGCAGAGGGAGUGGUGCAGCAAGGCCGAAAAGGCCGAAGCAGAGCUGACCUCCCUGCGGGCCGAGUGGGAGACAGUCAAGGGGGGGCUGGAGGCUGCACGGGCUGCUGCAGAGGGGAAGGCAAAGGAGGUGGAGGCUCAGAACGUGAUUCUGCUGGACCGGCUCGAGGCGCUGCGUGUGGGGACGCCGGGGAAGGCGGGUGGGGUUGCUUCGCCUGGUGUGAGGAGGAGGAGAUCGGUUGCUUCCCCGUCGCCGGGUAAGGUGUCUGGAGCAGUGGAGGGGACAGGAGAAGCUGGAGGGGGAGCGGGAGGAGCAGACGGAGGGGCGACGGCAGCAGCAGCGGAAGGGCAAGGGGAAGGGGAAGGGGGAGCGGGGGUGGGGGAGGACGGAGGGCUGGCGGAGCUGCAGGAGGUGGUUCGGUUCCUGCGGCGCUCCAAGGAAGCUUCCGAGAUGGAGCUGGCUCUGCUGAAGCAGGAGCGGCUGCGGCUGACGAAACAGGUAGAGGCAGCAGAGAGAGAGGCACAGGAGGCACAGCAGCAGCUGAGAGAAGCGCGGGCGCGGGGGGCUGCGACGGCGCAAUCUGAGGGGGAGUUUGCGGCGCUUAAAGCCCAAGUGGCGCAGGUGAAUCUGCUGAGAGAGAGCAACGCGAUGCUGAGGGAUGAGAGCCAGAGGAACUUUGCGGAUGCGGGCGAGUGGCGGGAGAAGGCGCGGCAGGCGCUGCAGCAGGUGGGGCCGCUGCAGGCGGCGGUGCAGCGGAGGGAGGCGGAGGUGGCUGCGGGGAAGAGGGAGGUGGAGAGUGCAAGGGAGGAGGCGGGGCGGUGGCAGCGGCGCGUGCAGCAGCUGCUGGAGAAGUACAAAGCGAUUGAUGUGGAGGAGUAUCAACGGCUGCAGGACCAGCUGCAGGUCAAAGAGAAGCAAGCGGAGCAGCUAGAGCAGGAGCUUUCAGAGGCGAGGGGUGCUCUGGCAGCAGCAAAGGCCGCAGCAGAGGCAGCAGAAAAGGACAAGGAGGCCGAGAAGAAACGGACGGCUGCUGAGCUGGCGGGGCUGGAGGCGCAGCUGGCAGCACUGGCAGCAGAGAAGGAGAAGGUGGAGAAGGAGCGGACGGCAGGAGGGGAGGAGCUGAAGAAGCAGCUGGAAGUGGCGAAGGAAAACGAGGAGAAGCUGGAUAUUGAGCGAACGGCGGGAGGGGAGGAGCUGAGGAAGCAGCUGGAAGCGGCGAAAGAGAACGAGGUGAGUCUUGGGAGGUCUCAAAGGUGCAGAUUGCAGAGGCAGCGGGCUGCACUGGCGGAGAAGGAGAAGGUGGAGAAGGAGCGGACGGCAGGAGGGGAGGAGCUGAAGAAGGAGCUGGAGGCGGCGAAAGCAUACGAGGCGAAGCACAAGACUGAGUUUGCCAAGCUCAGGAACACGGCCAUCAAAUUCAAGCGCAAUGGCGAGCAGCUGAGCAAGGAGAAGGAGGAGCUGCGGCAGGCCAAGGAGCAGCAGAGCAAGGAGGCAGAAGCAGCCAAAACCAAGGCAGCAGAGCUUGAAAAGCGCAUCGCCGACCUCGAAAAGAAGCUCCAGACAGCCUCUGAGACGUCUCAGAAACGAGUGGCUGACCUGGAGAAGAGGCUUCAGGAGCAGGUGGCAGCGGGUGCAGCGGCCAGGAAGGCGGAGGAGGGGAAGAGUGCUGCGGAGGCUGCUUCUGGGAAGCAGCAGGCGGCGGUGGCAGAGGGGAUCCUGAACUCCCGGAUUCAGACGGAGAUCCGAUGUGUUAAUCCGUUUCUUUUCCUGGCCGUCUCUUGCUUGCUGCUUCUCGGCCUGUGGGCGUUCUCCCCGGGGGGUGGUGGUGCAGUUGCUGCAGAGGCAGCUGGCAGCAGAGAAGGAGAGGCGCACCAAGAACCUCAAGAGCAUCGUCGACUCCUUUCAGCGCGCCAAGGAGGUGGGCAAGGUUGCAUGGAAGGGGCGGGGUCGAGGGUGGUGGGAGUGAGUGCAGUUGGGUGGGAAUGGGUGCAGUUGCUGCAGAGGCAGCUGGCAGCAGAGAAGGAGCGGCGCACCAAGAACCUCAAGAGCAUCGUCGACUCGUUUCAGCGCGCCAAGGAGAGUUACGAGACCAUCUCUGUGAGGGUGGUGGCAGUGGAAGACUGGAUCAAGCAGCAACGCCAGGUACCAUACGUGUGCCCCGUCUCCCCUCGACCGCCCCUCUCAGUCCCUCUCUUCUCUUCCCCUUCGUUUUCCUCCUCCUUUUUCUUCCCUCCACGCUCUCUCUCCCUUUUCUACACACACACACGCACACUCGUUUUACUUCCAACUCGCACUCCUCUCUCCGCCCAGGGCAAGGAGGAGGCGUUUGAGGAGCCGGCAGUGGUAUCAGAGCUGAGGGCAGCAUCGCAGGAGUACGAUGCUGUCUUUGGCGCCAUGCAGAAAACAGCAGAGGCUGGCGGUGUCGUUGCUCCUGCUGCUGCUGCUGCUGCUGCCACUUCUGCUGCUCCUGCUGCUGCUGCUCCUGUUGCUGCUCCUAUCGCUGCUCCCGCCACUGCUCCUGCAGCUACUGCUGCUCCUGUUGCAGCUCUUCCUGCCGCCGCGGUCUCAGUUGCGCCCUCUGCUGCUCCUGCUGCCGCUGCUCCAGUCCCUGCUGUUCCUGUUGCCGCUGGUGAGACAGGCGUGCCCGUGGCCGCCCCAGCAGGGGGAGCAGGAGGAGCAGGCGGAGGAGCAGGAGGAGGAACAGGAGCAGCAGGAGCAGCAAUUGGAGGGGGUGGGAUGGAGGUUGAGGGUGGGGAGCAGGGGGGCGCAGGGGCGAGUGAAGCGGUGCAAAGCGAUGAAGUGGGGUUGGCGGGCGAGGCAGGUGGGGAAGCGGCAGGAGAAGGGGCAGAGGAGAAGCAGAAGCAGGGAGAGCAGGGCGCAGGUGUGGAAGGAGCAGGGGAGGGUGUGCCGUUGGGAGCAGCAGGGGGCCAGGAAGUAGCACCAGCACCAGCAACACAAGGGCAAGGAGCAGGAGGGGAAGGUGCCACUGGUGCUGCUGAUGCUGCAGGUGGUGCAAGUGAUGAUGCUGCUGCUGUUCCUGCCACUCCCCCCCGCUCACCCACCCCCACCCCUCCACUUACCCCCACAGGGGCAGGUGAAUCUGCUGCUCUCGUGCCUGGGGAAGGGCAAACUGGGGAAGGCCCAAACGGAGAAGGGGCACCAGAGGAGGCGGCAGGUGGUGAUAGCACAGGGGCAGAAGGAGACGGGGAGGGGGAAGGGAUGGGCGCUGGGGAUACAGGUGGGGCAGCAGAGACAGGGGCGGGAGCAGAAGUUCCGGAGAUUCACGUGGAGGCCUUGUGCAGACAGCUGGACGAGGGACAGGCAGCCCGCGCGGGCGUGGCCGAGGCAGGGGAGCUGCAGGUGGUGUGGGGAUGUGUUUCUGUUGAAUUCAACUCACAGGAGGGUCUUCAUCCGCUGCACCAGGGGCAGAUGGUGCGGGUGGAACAGGUGCAGCCUGAGAAGAGUGGCAGCUGA